UAUUUUAAAAUGUUAGUGGGACUUAAUAAAUUCGGAUUUUCUUUCGAUAAAAAAAUUGGGAGUGGUUCCUUUGGCCAAAUCUUUUUAGGUACAACCCAUUGAAUAAUCUUUUUAGGAACAAGUAAAUAAACUGGACAAGAUGUAGCUAUUAAAUUAGUAUGACAACUUUAUUUAUCUAGGAAGCCGUUACAAAUAAACAUCCUUAAUUAAUCUUCGAGGGCAAGAUCUAUAAAGUAUUGCAAGGAGGAAGUAAAAUCAAUUAAAUAUCAAUUAAGUGGGUAUUCCAUAAUCUUAUUGGGUUGGAAGCGAAGGAGAAUACAAUAUAUUAGUGAUGGAACUACUUGGCCCAAAUUUAGAAGAUCUAUUUAAUUAGUGCAAAAGGCAUUUCUCAUUAAAAACAGUCCUAAUGAUUGCAUAAUAGAUGCUUUCGAGAAUUGAAUUUAUUCAUAGCAAAAACCUAAUUCAUAGAGAUAUUAAACCCGACAAUUUCCUAAUUGGAUUAACUUAGAAGAGCGAUAUAAUUUAUAUUAUUGACUUUGGCCUAUCUAAGAAAUAUAGAGAUUAGAGAACUAGUAAAAUAAGUAUCAUUUUUUUAGAUCUCCAUAUUCCAUAUAGAGAAGGUAAAAGUUUAACGGGAACAGCUAGAUACGCUAGUGUAAAUACACAUUUGGGAGUUGAGUAGAGCAGAAGAGAUGAUUUAGAAGCCAUUGGAUAUGUUUUAGUUUAUUUUUUAAACGGAUAAUUGCCAUGGUAAGGUUUGAAAACAGAUAACAAGAAGGAUAAAUAUGAAAAGAUUGCUGAAUCUAAGAUUGCUACUUCAAUUGAAAAAUUAUGUGAUGGAUUACCAGAAGAAUUUUCUAUUUAUUUCAAUUAUUGCAAAAGCCUAAAAUUUGAAGAGAGACCCGAUUAUGUUUGGUUAAAGAAAUUAUUUAAAGAUCUUUAUACAAGAAUGAAAUAUCCAAAUGAUAGUAUUUUUGAUUGGACCAAAUUAUGA